UUUUUUUCCUUAUCAAUGAAAUUUCGUUUGAGAAAAAAGCAUAUUGAGCGUCCCCAAUCUCGUUGCCCCCUCAGGCUCAUAACCAAUGCUAGGCUCUCUCUCAAUGGGCAAUUGGAAUAUAGCAGUUACAGAAUAAGCCAUUGACGGGCCAAUGGUUAGUUAAUCCAGACAAAUUCUUCUUCUGAUAAUCUGAUGGAUGCAAUUUCAGAUUGGGAAAGACCCUUUUCUCAAGAAGAACUUGACGAAAUCGACGCGGUUAUUGCUUCUGUAACACCACAAAUUAAACCACAGAAUGAUAUUAAUAGGGUUCCAUUAAACAAUCGGCGAUUACCCAAUUGGGGAUUUCAUUAUUGCUCAAAUCCGAAUGCUGGUUCAUCCUCUAACCCUAGAAAUCAAGUUAACCAUAAGGUGGAAUACCCGGAAAUGAAAUUCGGAGGACGUAUUGUGUACAGUAAAACUGUUUCUGAGGUAGAAAAAGCUGCCAAGGAGCUUUUGGAGAUCAUUGAAGUAAAGAAAAUUUAUAUGGAGCAAGUUAGUCUUGGUUUUGAUAUUGAAUGGAAACCCACAUUCAGAAAAGGGGGAAAAACAGGGAAGGCCGCAGUAAUGCAGAUAUGUGGCGACCCUGGUCUAUGCUAUGUCAUGCACAUACAUCAUUCUGGUAUCCCUCCAGUUCUGCAGUCACUUCUCGAGGAUCCUACAUCUGUGAAGGUUGGAGUUGCAAUUGGUGGCGAUGCGGUUAAAAUUUUCAAGGAUUAUAAUGUAUGUGUUAAAUCUUUGGAGGACCUCUCGGAUCUUGCAAACAUAAAACUUGGUGGAUUACCAAAAAUGUGGGGUCUUCGUUCACUUGCUGAAACUCUUGUCCACGAGCAGAUAAAGAAGCCUGGAAAUACUAGACUUAGCAACUGGGAAACUUAUGUUCUAUCGAAACAACAGCUCGAAUAUGCUGCCUUGGAUGCUUUUGCUUCUUGGCACUUAUAUCAGGUUCUGAGAAGUCUUCCAGAUGCUGUAGAUAACAAAGUCGCUGAAGAAGUUAAUGAUUCAUCUCCAUCAUGAGGCAGUAUGAUAAGUACUCCUACCGGAGGAUCUAUUUUUCGGUAUGUAUUCUUUUCUUUAGCCAAGGAAAUUUUGAAAGAAAUAUAUGGACUUUUAUUUAUCUUCAAAAACCAUUGGUAAAGGUAAUAGUAAAAACACUGUUUAUUUACCCAUGUAAAUGUUACUGCAAGCAUUUCUAUUUUAAAAUGAGUAAAUGAUCUAGCUUGAGAUAAUUUUCAGA